AUGAAUAAAUUCGAUAUAUUUGGUUCUAACAUUUAAUUUAUGCUCAAUAAUAAAUAAUUUAAUGGUACAAAGUUUGGUUCAAUUAUAACAUUUUUAAUAUUUAUUAUCAUUUUUAUCAGAAGUUUUUACAUAUUAAAAUCUUUAAUCAACAAUUAAUAACUUUAAAUUUUAUAUAAAGACCAAGUAAAUACUUAGUUAUAAUCUUUUUAAAUAAAUUCGAAAGAAUUUUUUAUUGCAUUUGCUAUUUAGAAUAAAAAUAACAAUUAAAGAUUAAUAAAUAAUUCAAUUUAUUAAAUAGAAGCAUAAUAAGUUUUUCUAUCUUUAAACUAAGAAAAAAUAAAGACAAUUAAUUUGCCUUUAAUACCUUGUUAGAACUUACUAUUAAAAGAUUAGAAUUUAGGCUUUAAUUUAACUUAAUUAAGGCAAUUAUCUUUAUAAAAUUAUUAUUGUUUUGAUUAGUAAAUAGAUAUUUAAUAAAAUUAAUAAGAUUUUGAUUCUUAUGUUUAGAUAAUUCUAAAAGAAUGCAAAAAUUAAGAAUAAUGCCUAAGUCGAGAUAAAAUAUAAUAAGCUUUGCAAUAUUCAUAACUAUCUAUCAUAUAUCAAGAUAAUAUAUUCGAUUAUUUAUCAGAAAGUGGUUUUCAAAGCCAUUUUGAAAAAUAAAAUUGGAACAUAAACUAAAACAUAUAAAAAGAUAUAUAAUUAGUUAUGAAAAAUUCAUUUGUAAGUUCAGAUGAGGGAACCUUUUUUGAAAAUAUAACAAAUUAAAAAAUGCCUACUUUUUUUUAAUUUAAAGAAGAAUUUGAAUUAAAUCCUUCUAGUGAUUAUUUUAUUAAGCUUGAUAUUAAACUAUAAAAAGAUAAAAUAAAUUAAUAUUAAAGAAUCUAUAAAAAUAUAAAUAAUUUUAUAUCUGAUAUAGGUGGAUAUUUAACAAUUUGUUUAAUAAUAGGAUCAAUUAUAUGUAAACCGUUUUCUAAAUUAAACCUAUAAUAAUAAUUAAUUAAUUAAUUUUUCGAUUUUGAUUUAUAAUAAGAAAACUAAAAUGAUAAUGUUUUGAAUUAAGAACUUAAAAAACAUUCACCAAAACAUAAAGUAUCACAAUUUAGGGUUAAAUAUAAAAUAAAAAUGUAAAAAAAUUAAAAAAAAAAUAUGUUUUUUCGAAAGUAAUCCAAAUCAUUAAAUAGUGCACCAAUAAGUAGAAAAAACGAAUAAUAGUAAUUAUUUGAACUUAUUAGUUAAAAAAAAAUAUAAUUAAUUCUACAAUUAAUAACCACAAAAAUAAUUAAGAAAUAUAAUAUUUUUAAAGCUAAAAGAGCAAAAACAAUUUAUAAUAUUCAUAAAUGGAAUUUUCAAAUUUAUGUUAAUCAUAAUUAUUUGAGUUUUAAAAAUAACAAAAUUUAUUCAAAAAAAUGCUUUUUAAAACUUAAAAACUUAUAAAGCUUAAUUUUUUUGAAUAUAUAAAAUACUUUAUAUGGCCUUUUGGUAGAUUUAAAUAAAAAAAAAAAAUAAUACACUAUAGCAUUGAAAAUCUUUAUCAUCAUUUCGAUGUUUUAUAUGUAAUAAAAAAACUUUUAGAAGUUGAUAAAUUGA